UAAUUGGUUUCAGCAAUGGCGGACGCAAGCACCAAGCCGGGUAGAGGAGGUUUCCGUGGGGGAUUUGGCUCCGGUGACCGGGGUAGGGGACGCGGCCGUGGGCGGGGCCGUGGCAGAGGAAGGGGGCGUGGACGAGGCUCAAAAGAAGAAAAGGAAUGGAUACCUGUAACAAAACUUGGCAGGCUGGUGAAGGAUAACAAGAUUAAGUCUUUGGAAGAGAUCUACCUGUAUUCAUUACCAAUCAAGGAGAGUGAAAUCAUUGAUUUCUUUUUGGGAGCUACUCUGAAGGAUGAGGUUCUGAAGAUCAUGCCUGUUCAGAAGCAGACCAGAGCCGGUCAGAGAACAAGGUUUAAGGCAUUUGUAGCUAUUGGAGACUACAAUGGACAUGUUGGUCUGGGUGUAAAGUGCUCCAAGGAAGUAGCAACAGCUAUCCGGGGUGCGAUCAUACUGGCCAAGCUGUCUGUCAUUCCAGUCAGACGAGGCUACUGGGGAAACAAGAUCGGCAAGCCCCACACGGUGCCCACCAAGGUCACUGGUAAGUGUGGCAGUGUUCUUGUCCGUCUGAUUCCGGCCCCCAGAGGUACUGGAAUUGUCAGUGCUCCCGUUCCCAAGAAGCUGUUGACGAUGGCUGGUAUAGAGGAUUGCUACACAUCCGCUCGUGGACAGACGGCUACCCUGGGCAACUUUGCCAAGGCCACAUAUGCGGCCGUCUCCAAGUCGUAUUCGUACCUGACCCCUGACCUGUGGAAGGAGACCAUCUUCUCCAAAUCCCCAUACCAGGAGUUCACCGAUUACCUGGCCAAAAAUCACACCCGUGUACCAGUGAACCGACAGGAACAGAAGCAGUACUGAGCCGCAUUGCUAUGUGUGAAUAGCCUCAGCAAAUAAAUCUCACACAGAUCAACUUGA